UCCAUUUCCUUCUCCGCUCCAUUCUUCUCCCUCCCUUGCUUCUUUCUCUUUCGCUUCCACCGUAACACAACCCUCGUUGUUCCGUGUUCUGGCACAGGAUUGUGAGCUAUGGAGGUUGCUGACCUUUUGUCACUGUAGAGCUUUCAUUCCAUCACAGCCAUUUUCCAAUUCGGAGCAUCUAGCAGGUUGUUGAAAAUAUGGCCAAGCAUCAUCCUGAUUUGAUUAUGUGCCGGAAGCAGCCAGGGAUUGCCAUUGGACGACUGUGCGAGAAAUGUGAUGGCAAGUGUGUGAUAUGUGACUCUUAUGUGCGUCCUUGUACACUUGUCCGAGUUUGUGAUGAAUGCAACUACGGAUCAUUUCAGGGUCGAUGUGUCAUAUGCGGAGGAGUUGGAAUAUCUGAUGCCUACUACUGCAAGGAAUGCACACAGCAGGAGAAAGAUAGAGAUGGUUGCCCCAAAAUUGUUAACUUAGGGAGUGCCAAGACUGAUUUAUUUUAUGAACGCAAAAAGUAUGGUUUUAAGAAGAGAUGAUGAAGGUAGAAUACGGAGGCAUUUGUAUUUCUCUAAAACUUUUUUGUACGUGUAUUGUUUGGAUAUAAGAACCAUAGGAUGUGAAACCUUGAGCUCGUAAACUUUUUUAUGGUACAAUUAUGAUAUAAAUGCUUGACUAGUUUGCUACUGAUCAAAGAAUUAGCCAAUAGCCAUUAUGGAA